AUGGCUCACGCUCACUUUCAAUGAAUGAAGUCGUAGUAGGUGGUAGAGUACCUCUUGGAGUUUUUGUUUUUAGAAAUAGCGGCACUUUGUCUUUCUUCAUUUGAGAAGAACCAUUGAGAAGAGAGGAAAAGAUGAAAUACGUUAUAGGAAUUGGGGGAGUCACUAAUGGUGGCAAAACGACAUUGACUAAUAAGUUGAUCAAGGCGUUGCCUAACUGUUGUGUCGUGCACCAGGAUGACUUUUACAAGAAACCCGAUCAGAUAGAAGUCGGGGAGGACGGCUUUAAACAAUGGGAUGUGAUCACAGCUUUGGACAUGGAGGCCAUGACCAACACCGUCAAAGGCUGGAUAGAGAAUCCAGUGAAGUUUGCCCGUUCGCAUGGUGUCCCGUCGUCGUCUUCCUCAAAUGUGGCCGACCCCGAUGAGCAGAUCCACAUUCUGAUUGUGGAGGGCUUCCUACUCUACAAUGACCCACAGCUGCUGGACGUUUUUGACAAGUGCUAUUACAUCUCUAUUCCCUAUGAAGAGUGCAAGAGGAGGAGAAGUACAAGACAAUACACGGUUCCAGAUCCUCCUGGCCUGUUUGAUGGACAUGUUUGGCCAAUGUACCUCAAGCACCGCAGAGAGAUGGAAGACAGCUGCUUAGAUAUUGAAUACCUGGAUGGCUUGAAAUCUAAAGAAGAGGUCUACAACCAAGUGUAUGAGGACAUUCAAAACAACCUGCUUAAUCGUUUAUAGCAUGAAGACAGCACUCCAGUGCUGUACAAAGACUUGUAAAUAGCUCCAAAUAUUUAAAUUUUUUUAAUAGCUUUAUUGUUUGUUUGUUUUUUAAUGCAAUUAAUUCAUUUUAACUUAUCAGUGAUUUUUUUCUUGAUGAACUGAUUUUUUUUUGCUGUUAUUCAUACCGGACCCUUUACAAGCCAGUCACAUUUUUCUUCUACCAAUAAACAUGUAUUCAUGUUGAGAU